AAACAAAAUAAUACAAAUGUCACUUAUGAAAGAGAAGAAAAUUCAAUUUGUGUUUUGUUAAUACUUUUUACAAAUAUUGAUGAGAAAUUUUAUUACUAUAUGUUUUUUUUGUGAAUAAAUAUGGCUAAAACACAUUUCAAAACUGAUGAGAGUGAAACUAAAUUGAAAAAGGAGCCAUUCAAUCCACCAGAAGGAAAAAUUAAAAAACACAAAUUCAACAGAAAAGCCAGAUUGAUAAUCAGAAAUUUAUCAUUCAAAACCACAGAAAAUAGUUUCCGAAAACAUUUUGAACAAUUUGGAGAUGUUCAAGAAGUGACUAUUCUAAAAAAACCAACAGGAAAAUUAGUUGGUUGUGGAUUCGUACAAUAUAAGACAACUGCUGAAGCAGCGCAGGCUUUACUUAAGACAAACGCUAAAGAAUUUUUAGGAAGGCCAAUUCAUGUAGAUUGGGCUGUUGCCAAAGAUACUUAUGUUCGUCAUGUUAAUGAGCAGACAAAUCCUGAAAAUAUAGAAAUAAAACAAGAAAAGGAUUCUGAUACAGACAAUAAAGAAGUAAAGAUCAAAGAGGAGCCUUUGUCUGAUGCAGAAAGUGAUACUAAGGAAUUGAAAUCAGAGAGUUCAGAUGAAGAUGAAAAACAUGCAACGGAUUCAGAUUCAGAAUCUGAUGAUUCUGAUAGUGAUGAAGAAAGUGAUGAAAGUGAUAUUGAUACAAAAGAUUCAAAAUUAGAUAUAAAGCCAGAAACUAAUUUAAGAAAGUCAGCAAAUGAUGCAACUGAUGGAAAAACUGUAUUCAUCAAAAAUGUCCCAUUUGAAGCCAAAAAUGAGGAUAUUAGAGAGUGCAUGCAACAAUUUGGAGAAGUUAUUUAUGCCUUGGUCUGUGUUGACAAAAUGACAGAGCAUUCAAAAGGCACAGCAUUUGUUCGGUUUAAGGAGGAAGAAUCUGCAAGGCGAUGCUUAGAAUCAGGAACAGAAUUAAAGCUUUUAGGACAAAUACUAGAUCCACAUCCAGCACUGAGUCGUGAUCAAGCUCAUAAUAAUAACUUAAAAUCAAAGCAAAAACCAAUGAAAGAUUCACGAAAUUUAUAUUUAAUUAAAGAAGGAGUUGUUUUGGCGGGUACUAAAGCUGCUGAAGGAGUUUCAAUGAGUGAUAUGCAGAAACGUUUGCAAUUGGAACAAACAAAGUCACAAAUGUUAAAAAAUUUAAACAGAUUUAUUUCCCGGUAUCGAUUAACAAUCCAUAAUUUACCAGAAAAUUAUGAUGAUGCUAAAUUGAGAGCAUUGUGCUCAGUGGGAGGAAGAGUUGUGCGAGAAGCUAGAGUCAUGAGAGAUUCAAGACCAACACCACAAAAUUUAAAUGGAACUUCAAAAGGAUUUGGUUUUGUAUCUUUCACUAAUCAUGAGGACGCUCUAGCUACUUUAAGAAGAUUGAAUAAUAACCCCACAAUAUUUUCUAAGAAGAAGAGGCCAAUAGUAGCAUUUAGUAUAGAAGACAAAAAUGCCAUAAAUACAAAAGUAAAAAGGCAGCAAAAAUCUCUUAUGCAAAAUCCAAACAAUAAGAGACAUAGAAUAGAUACGGCUCCUUCAAGCAAAAGGAAUGUGAAUAAUAAAACAAAUAAACCCAAAGAUGGAAUUCAAAAUAUAGAAGUAAAUGAAUAUUCAGGAGUAACAGCCAAGCCAGGUCCUCAAAAAAUGAGAACUAAAUUUGGAUUAAAAACUCAAGCCAAUCUUCACAUACAAAAUUUAAAGAGAACUAAAAACCAGAUGAAAAAGAUGAAAAAAUCUUUCGCUGAAAGAAAGGUGGACCACAUAAGACAACCUAAACAAAAACAAAAUAAGAAGCAAGGUACAAAAGAUGAUGCACGCUUGUCAAAACUAAUAAAUGAUUACAAAAAUAAAUUAGGACAGAGUAUAACACAAAAAUCCAAAUGGUAUGAAUAACAAAAUGUUACAUUUGUAAGAUUUAAUAUAAAUAUAUUUAAAUUUUCAACACA